GAGAGGACCCAGAAUCAUGUCGGUGGUUCUUCCCAUUUUGCUCUAUCUCGGAUUGUAUCUCACCCAGAGCACUCAGGCUGCGAUCGCACAGCAUCGCAAACCUGUUAUCACAGCUCAGCCUGGAUCCGGGGUUCGAUAUAAUCAACCAGUGACCAUCCGAUGCCAAGGGCCUCCAUAUGCUGAAGCCUACAAGAUAUGUAAAAAGAUAGAACCUCAGCCUAGGAAUGGAAGUAAAUUCCUGGUGGCUGGUAGGACCAACACUUUAUAUAUCCAAAAGAUGAAACGAGACAAUAUAGGACUGUACCGCUGUUCCUAUAUGGGAGCUGGAUUCUGGUCCCCCCUCAGCGACCCCCUGCAACUGGCCAUGAUAAUGGUUGGGCUGACCGCACCUGUUAUGAAAGCUCUGCCUGGACCCAUGGUUUUAUAUAAUGAACCAGUGACCAUCCUGUGCCAAGGGCCUCCAGAUGCUGAAGCCUACAAGAUAUAUAAAGUGGAAGAACUUGAGAAUAGGGAAGAAAGAAAAUUGUUGGUGGCUGGGAAACCUAACACUUUCUCUAUCCAAGAGAUGAAAGCAAACUGGACAGGACUGUACCACUGUUCCUACGAGAGUGGAGGAUUCUGGUCAACGCCCAGUGGCAACCUGGAUCUGGUGAUGACGGGAUCUUAUGACAAACCCUCACUCUCGAGCAUGAGUGGCACGGUGGUGGCUCCAGGAGACAAUGUGACGUUACAGUGUUUCUCCAGAAUCAAGUUUUAUGCAUUUAUUCUCACCAAAGAUGGGGCACCUCAGUUCACCCACAGACAAAGCUACACAGUCCAGGACGAUGGACUUCUGAUCACCUUCCACAUGGACAAUGUCACCUCCACUCAGGCAGGGACCUACAGAUGCUACGGUGGCUUCAACAAAAACUCCUCUAUGUGGUCUCACCCCAGCGACCCAUUGCAGCUUAUGGUCAGAGGAUCUUAUGACAAACCCUCACUCUCCAGCAUGAGUGGCACGGUGGUGGCUCCAGGAGAUAAUGUGACGUUACAGUGUUUCUCCAGAAUCAAGUUUGAUUCAUUUAUUCUCACCAAAGAAGAUGCACCUCAGUUCACCCAGAGACAAAGCUCCACGGCCCAGGACAAUGGCGUUCAGACCACCUUCCACAUGGACAGUGUCACCUCCACACAGGCAGGGACCUACAGAUGCUAUGGUGCCUUCAGCAAAGACCCGUAUGUGUGGUCUCACCCCAGCGACCCAUUGCAGCUGGUGGUCAGAGGAUCUUAUGACAAACCCUCACUCUCCAGCAUGAGUGGCACUGUGGUGGCUCCAGGAGACAAUGUGACGUUACAGUGUUUCUCCAGAAUCAAGUUUGAUUCGUUUAUUCUCACCAAAGACGAUGCACCUCAGUUCACCCAGAGACAAAGCUCCAUGGCCCAGGACAAUGGAGUUCAGGCCACCUUCCACAUGGACCGUGUCACCUCCACAGAGGCAGGGACCUACAGAUGCUACGGUGUCGUCAGCAAAGACCCGUAUGUGCGGUCUCACCCCAGCGACCCAUUGCAGCUUGUGGUCAGAGAAGCUACUGUUGAUCCCACAUCCGUGGAGCUGGGACAUCCACAUG